AUGCCUCGACCGACUUCCCAUCACGCGUGGAACUUUGACAUUGAUCGCUUCCUCAAUCCCAUUGUCCCCUCGCCGCCAUGGAAUCAUAUACCGUAUCCCGUCGCCUAUUUCCUGGGCUAUCGCAAGACCAAGCCCGUCAACACGGGUAACCUGAUGCCCACAUUUUGGGCAUUUAUCGGCAUCUUUUGCGCCAUCACCAUUAUCCAGGUCGUCUCCAAGCACGUUCCUGCCUUUGAGAGCCACCAUGUGCCAGCCAUUGUUGGAUCUUUUGGCGCCACCGCUGUCCUCGAAUUCUACGCCAUAGAGUCUCCGCUCGCGCAGCCUCGCAAUACGUUCUUCGGCCAGGUGCUGGCGGCCGUCAUUGGCGUCUCUGUUGCCAAGCUGUUUCUCCUCAGCGACAACUUCGACGGCAUUCAGUACCUCGGCGGCGCUCUAGCCUGCGCCGCCACCACCUCCCUCAUGGCCCUCACCAAGACAGUCCACCCGCCCGCCGGCGCCACCGCCCUUCUUGCCGUCGUCGACAACCGCCUCCUCGCCAUUGGUUGGUUCCUCAUUCCCGUCAUGAUCCUUGGCUGUGGCCUCAUGAUGAGCGUCGCUCUCAUCAUCAACAAUAUUGAGCGCCGCUACCCCGUCUACUGGUGGACCCCCGAGUCGCUGCACGCCAAGAAGCCCAUCCUGCAUCGGUCCAAGGAGGACGACCUCGAGAGCGUGCCCGCCAGCGCGGCGACCACUAACGAAUCCAGGCCAGUGCCCGAAACGGCGAAUGACACAGCGCCCGCGGUUGGGGCUCUCGAGGUUUCGCAUCGCAAGCAUGACAGUAACGAAGUCAUCAUUCGCCCCGGCGAUGUAUUGGUGCCGCACGACAUGUUUCUGACGCAGGAGGAAGCCCAGCUGCUCGAGACGCUUAGCAGACGCUUAUAG